GUCAACCACAGAAAACUGUGUGGCAACGCUGUCGAAUUUGUUAUUUUUUAUCUCUGUGUAAUGUAAUUGUUUAUACAAAAAAUCAGUGAAAAAUUAAUCCAUUGUUGUGUGCUGAGCUUCACUAAACACAGCCAACGCGCGCACCAUGAGAGUGGGAUACCAUUGAGCUCGCGAAAAGACCACACGCAAAGAGGGCGUCAACAAACCGUGGGGGUGGACUUGAUAAAGAAGAAGACAAGCCAGAGAUUAAGAACAGAAGAGUUUCAUUGAGAUAAAAUCAUUCGAUUGCGACAAAUACGACUAGUAUGAGUAACCACAGAUACCACCAUGGGGGCAGCUACAUGCAUCCGCGGAUGUCGUAUCCCCACCACUUCACCUACGUCAGCUCCUGCGUGAAAUACAUGAUCUUCCUGCUGAACUUCCUUUUCUGGCUCUUCGGCGGCCUGCUCCUGGCCAUCGGUGUGUACGCGUUCAUGGACAAACUGAAGGAUGGCAAUGGGUGGUUGCGCCUGGACACCGUCUACGAUGUGAUCUUCAAUAUAUCCUUGGUGAUGAUCAUUGCGGGCUGUGUGAUAUUCGUAGUCAGCUUUGCCGGAUGCCUGGGAGCUCUGCGGGAGAACACCUGCCUGCUGAAGUUCUACUCGAUGUGUCUGCUUAUGUUUUUCAUCAUGGAAAUGACUUUAGCCAUCAUCUGCUUCGUGUUCCCGCAGUACAUGAACUCGUUCUUGGAAUCACAGUUUGCCGACAAGAUUAUACACUCGUACCGCGAUGACUCAGAUCUGCAGAAUUUCAUUGACUUUGCGCAGCAAGAGUUCAAGUGCUGUGGCCUCAGCAAUGCUGGCUACCAGGACUGGAGCAAGAACGAGUACUUCAAUUGCUCCUCCCCAUCUGUGGAAAAGUGCGGCGUGCCCUACAGCUGCUGCAUCAACGCCACCGACAUCAGUUCCGGCCUGGUCAACAUAAUGUGCGGCUAUGGCGUGCAGGAGCACUCGGUGGCAGCCGCUAGCAAGCGCAUCUGGACUAGCGGCUGCAUUGAAAUCGUGCGCGUCUGGGUAGAACGAAAUCUCUAUGUGAUUGCUGGCGUGGCCCUGGGAGUUGCCUUGCUCCAGCUGUUCGUCAUUUAUCUGGCCAAGACCCUGGAGGGACAGAUAGACCUUCAGAAGUCGCGCUGGUCGUGAGUGCCAUACCAUCAUCCGUACUUGUACGGAUACCCGUGCGACGAAGACUUGUACUACAACACUCAAAUGUGAGAGAUGGCCCUGGCGGCAGGAGCACGACUGCCGCCGCUGAGCUGAUCGAGCUAAUCUGGUCCUACAAGUGCUCAAAUACUAGUUUCCUCCCAAAUAGCUUUGGUUUCAAUAAUGUCUCUAUAUUUUAUGUUAGCUUAUUACUCAGCCUAUGUUCUCAAGCCCUGUGCAAUUAAUGUUUAAAUUGCAAUCAAUCAUCACUCCCCCAGGCUAGCGCCUGAACCUAACCUAACCUAUACUCUCUUGCCGAAAAAUACAGUCUAGUUUUAUAUAUAUUUGUAACCCAUAAAUAAUCCCAUAGUGGUCCUAGCAGUGUUUAAAUAUUAGUUUUCCCCCAAAUAGUUUUGGUUUCAAUAAUGGCUCUGUCUCUGUUCUCAAACCCUUUGCAUUUAAUGUUCAAAUUGCAAUCAUAUUUAUACUCUCUUGACGGACAACACAGUCUAGUAUGUAUACCCCAUAAAUAAUCCCAUAGUGGCAUAGGCCAUUUUUAAGGCAGCUCUGUACGUUUUUAAUGUCUCAGCGUGAUCCGUACCGUAGUCACAAAAUCAAAGCAAAUGAACAAACACUUAAAUAUAUGCGCAAUAUCGUAUUACUAAUAAAAGACAUUUGUAUAUAAGUAUAAGUUUAUCUAAGAAAUACAUACGCAUUUAAAAUGAGAAUUAUAUUUAUAAAGAAAACCAAACUAUACCAAAACUGCUACGUAUUUGUUGGACUAAAUAAUAUACAUACUAGAAUUAAUAGAGAUUUUAAGCAUCUGUAUCUGUGUUUGUGUGUAAACCUCGUUGUACUACAUAAUCAAAUACAGACCAUACAUAUGUACGUGUAA